GCCGCGGCUCCGGCCGCCCACGGCGCAGCUGCGCGCACAAAUCCACCAAACAAGACCAGCGGCGGCGGCGGCGCAAGGCUCCAACCGCAUUCAGGGAUGGACACGGACCUCGGCGGCGGCGCGGGGGUGGACAUGGACGAAGCCGAGGCGGCCUUCUUCGCGCGGCGCGGGCGGCGGUGCUGCUGCUUCCCCUGGCCCUCGUCGGCGACCACCCACCAGCGCUUCGGCGGCGGGGCGGCGGGGGUGGAGGAGGAGAGCUGGUGGCAGCGGGCCGUGGACGCCUUCCUCAAGGUGCGGGAGUGGUCGGAGCUGGUGGCCGGGCCGCGGUGGAAGACCUUCAUCCGGCGGUUCGGCCGCGGCGGAGGUCCGCGGCCGCACAACUUCGGCCGGAAGCUCAACUACGACGCGCUCAGCUACGCGCUCAACUUCGACGAGGGCCACGGCGGCAGCCCCGAGGGCGACUACACCGGCUACCGCGACUUCUCCGCCCGCUUCGUCGCCCCGCCGGCCUCCGCCAAGUCAUCCAUGGACCUCGGCGGCCGCGACGCGCCGCCGCUCUUCAACCCGCCGCCGCCACACGACGGCGCCGGCCGGGCGUGACCUCUCGUUCCCCACCCGUCGUUUCACCGGAUCAAACGAGACGGAAGGGCAAACGCGCAUCAAAGGGAUUACAAGAAGACGGUGCCCUUUCCUCGAUUGCUUCGGCUGCAAUGGCAAUGGGCGUGUUGGUGAGCGAGAUCGAUCGUCGCUUCAGUUUCCCCUGUCAUCUCCUGUUCUUUCGAUUGAGUUCUUCACUGUACAAAACAAAACAUAGAUUUGUUGCAUUCGUUGUCGCGUUGUCAUAUUGUCGCCAUGGAUUCGUCGAUCGUGCCACAGUUUUGUCCCGAAUGAAUUAAACGGUUUUUGAUCGAUCAAAUUACUCCCACUGUUUUACCUCACGGUGAGGAUUUGCCCGAAACUUGCAAGGAUGGUAAGAAACAGGAAGACCAAAUCUAAUUCCAA